AUGAGCCGGGCCGGGUCGCGCCGCUCAGCGCCGCGGAGGAACGGCGGAGGAACGCGGCGCUGCUCGCCGCCGGCUCCCGCGGCAAAGCGGAAGGGCCGGGCCGCGGCCCCGCGGCCCCGCAGCCGUGGAGGCCUCGCAGCCGCAGCGCCGCUCGCUUCCGCUUCCGCUUCCGGCUGCCGCCGCCGCGGCCCCGCGCCCCGCCGCGGCCGCCCCACAACCCCCCGCGGCGCAGCAGCGAGCGAGGGCCCCAGGCCAGCGGCCCGGCAGCGCGCAGCAGGGCCCAGCGCGCCGCCCGCCCCGCCCCGCCCCGCCCCGGCCCCCCCCGCCCCGCCGGGCUCUCGGCCCGCGCUCCCCGGGGCCGCCUCGCUCGCUGGAGAGUCGGUGUCACAGAACCGGCGCGUGGGGUCCUUCGGGCAGGCAGCUCCUCGGUACUGGACCGAGGGUCUCGUGCAGUACCCGCGAGGAAACGGCCGAAAGGAGGGCGGUGCGCGUGAAGGGCUUGUAGACGUAGCGAGCUGUCCGCAGAUAGCUGUCACCAGAAGGGGUGAUGAGCACGGCGAGAGGGAUUUCAAUCAAUCGCAAGCUACCUGCUUGACUACAGCUUUACAGGUGCCUGCUCUGAUCUCUGGGCAAUUUCAAAGCUUGAUUUACAAGUUCUACAUCCUUGACUGCCACUAUCCCUUGUCUAUACAGAGACGGUCGUUUUCCAUUUCAAGGCACUCAGGGGUCUAUAGACCUAUGUCAGAUCCUCCUUAGUCAUUUCUUCAUGACUGAAGAACCUCUGUGUAUUCACCUCUUCCAUGCUGGGAAACCAUUUUGUACUUUGAUCACCCCUGCCUUGUACCUCUUUCAUCUCUGUAACAUUCUUUUUAGUUAGAGGAUCCAGAAGGUCUUAAUACAGUUCCAUUAUCAACUUCUCUGUUUUGUUGUUCAUUCUUAAUAUUUGAUUAGGUUUUAGUUUGGGUUUUGCCAUUACUGAGUUCAUGAGAACAGAUAUAAUAGGCAGUUCUGUGAAACUCUGAUUACCUUCCUCCCAAAUAGUCUGUGUGAUCACUGUUUAUGUAAAGUUAGCAUUGCUUUCUCCCCAUCUCCCUGUGUAAGCUAACAUAGAUAAAGAUACUCAUGGAGUGCUGGACUCCUAGUUGUUUCAGCCACUAGACUAUGAUCCCUGUCUCCCCUGUAAGUGCUGGCAUGGAAUCAACAAUGAUUCUGGCCACACUGAGAACAUACUAGCUUCCAUGAUACACUGUCUAGUUUUGUCUGCCCAGCAUCCCACAGUAAUAACCACUUGACAUAAUGCAUUUUCCUUCCAUUCACCAGGAACUUUGUGAACCCCAGAGCUAUUGUCCAAUGCAACAUCAGGACUUCAAAGCAGAGUUGCUGAAAUUCUACACCACAAGCAAGUCAUAGACUUUGUAGUGAAGGAAGCAGGACCAGAUCACUCACCUCAUGAAACUGUGAGCACCAAAGCAAUAGCUGGAGUGAAAGCUGCCUAAGAGAGUUCUGCCUUCCAGAGCAAAGUUUUCUUCCCUGAAGACAACUAGACUGUGAUGGUGAAAGAAAGAGAACCUUCCUUGUUCUACUGACAGGGCUAGGACAAAUUAGGAAGUCUGUUUAAAAAAUCUCAGUGCUGCCUCUGUGGGACACUGGCUGAGCAUAAAGUCUCAAAUAAAAUGGUACCAUAGCUGCUUAGGGAAAAGAACAGGCUUUCUUCAAUAAAGACUAAGCCAGCUUUCAGGUUGUCUUGUCUAAAGCCUGCAAGGUAGUGUAUGUCAUCAGCUGAGCUCAGCUCUCCUGCUUCAGACAGCACUCCCCAUGUUUCUUUUUAAUACUAAACGCUGCUGUGGAUUUUUUUGUUAGUUGUCACUUCUCACUGGUAAAAUAAGGAACUGGAGCAGACUGAAGUGCAUGAUAACUGGACCUUCUUUCCUGUGGCAAUUAAAAAAGCUAGGCAUGCAGGUGCUAAUGGAUAUCUAAAAUGAUUUCUCAGCCCAUCAGUAGUCAGGAUCAGGUAUGCCCAGCAACUGCUUCUAUAAGGAUCAACAGUGAGAACUGGAAAAAUAUUAAUUUCUCUAUCAUGUCUGUUAAGCCCUUAUUGACAUGGUUUUCCCAACCUGUGGCUAUUAAACCACAGAGACAUUUUUUUUGGAGUACUGGCUCAGUGUAAUUGGAUUGUUGGCAUCUCAGUUUAGAUUCUUUGUGGUGGGGAUGACAAGUCUGAAACUGUUAUCUUUAUGUAUAUUUAAAUAGCACUAGCCAGCAGAUCAGGUUAGUGAAAGCAGCUUUCUGUAAGGGAAGUCUGUUCAAAUUCUGGUUUUGGGAUGUUUUUCCAGCCUCCUGUGCUGCAGCUGAGAGUGGCUGUUUUCAGAGACAGACAAGGACUAGGUGGAAUUCUAUCCAGUGUCUUUCUGCCACUCCAAAAGUUUGGCAUGGUCCCCAAGACUGUAUCUAAUACAAAAGAUCAGACUAAGCUUUCUUACCCCUCAAAUUAGAAAAUUACCAAGCUGAAGAAAUACUAAUGUUAAUUGUAUCAUACACAAUGAGCCUGUAUAUUCUGUUUUACAGCUGACAGUGUUGCCACAAAGCUCUUGACAAAUAAAAAAAGAAAUUAAAUAUGGGUGGUGAUAGUAGACAGGGUGGGGGAGGGCAUAUUGCUUUUUCAAAUUCUGUUAGAAUUUGAAAUUGAUCACAGAAUUGUCUAGGUUGGAAGAGACCUCCAAGAUCACCUAGUCCAACCUCUGACCUAACAAUAACAAGUCCUCCACUAAACCAAAGUUAGGAGCCAGAAUAAAACAAAUUAUAAUCUACUAGCCAUGUAUGUUUUAACUUUCUCCUGCCCUAAGGAGUAAUACUUCUGAGGGCUAUAGUUCUCAGAAGAUGGGUCCAUAUUAAUUUAUCAGCUCUUAUCAGACUUAUUUAUGUGCUCAUAUCUAGCAAAACCUAUCUGAGAGCAACAGAGUCUGAAGAUCGUGUACACUAGGAAGAGAGAAACAAUGAUUAACACAGUACUGCCCCUAGCAGUAUUUUCUACACAGCACUGGGCACACUUGUUCAUAAGGGCUGAGGUGACUGACAGAGCUGGCUUUCCACUGCUGUUGUCCAGGGCUUCUGGACACCCUGUGAGGAAAAGACCCACCAGGUGGCACUCCUGCAGCACUACUUGAGGACCACAGUCAAAAUUCAGUGCAGCCAACUACUUUUCCAGCACCUCACUCCUAGAAGGGAAUUAAGACAGGUCUUUCCUGAGAGAUGUCACAAACAGGAACUGCAGAGUACUGUAGAAUAUCUAGUGUUCCUGAGCCUUUUUGGGAUUUUUUCCCCAGGGUGUUAGGUGGGAUAUAGACUACAGUACAGGAACUCAUGUAUGUGUAUGUUCAUCAAGCAGAGAUGGUUCUGUACUCCUUUGUGUUACUCCCCAACCAUGUGACCUGCCAGUGAACAGGGCCCUGGGGAUCUAGCUAGAACAUCUUCCUUAUUUUUUUUUUCAUCUUCUAUUUUUCAUUUACAGUUAUUAUUUACAAAUCAUCUAGAUCAUUGUGGUAAAAGAGGUGCAUGAGCAUGCCUGUGAUGGUGCCUCAACUAUUGGCACAGCUUCCCUUCAGAAUGGAUUAGUUAAAAAAAAAAAGUCUAUAAUGCUACUAAACGUUAAAAAAAAAUAAGUAAUAAAAAUGGACAGCUUUACCCA